CUCUCACCUCUACGCAAUGUGGUCAAAACCACCUCCGCAUUAAUCCGCACGAGAUCUCCUAGCAACCCCACACCUACCAGCAAACAUGUCGAAGAUCACUGUCGUCAAUUCUUCUGCGCACUUUAACACUCUCCUCUCCUCAAAUUCAUACCUGAUCGUCGAUUUCCAUGCCGACUGGUGUGGUCCCUGCAAAGCCAUCGCGCCCGUCUUCGAGCAGCUCGCGACAGCAGAAGCAAAGCCAGGACGUGUAGCCUUCUGCAAGGUAGACGUCGAUGCGCAGCAGGAUAUUGCUCAGAAGCACUCGGUUUCGGCCAUGCCCACUUUCCUAAUCUUCAAAUCCGGCACCGUCGUCGACACCGUCCGUGGCGCCAACCCUCCCGCCCUCACAGCCGCCGUUCGCAAAGCCGCCGCCGAUGCCGCGAAGGGUCCUGGGAAGACCGCAGCCGUGUUCCAGUCUAAGGGAUAUACGCUCGGAGGCGCGGGUGCACCGAGCCGACCUGUUGCGCAAUCGUGGGGCCAGAGCUUGGGGAGCUUUGGCGGACCGGGGGUUGUGGAUAUGCUGGUUAGAUUCGUGGCGCUGUAUCUGACAAGCUUGGCGUCCCUCGAUGGGUAUAAGGCGGCGGAGGAGAGUCCGUUCAAUGUUAGGAAUCGGAGAUGAGAAGGGGUUUAUAGUCGUGGUCUAAGGUCGGUACGGAGUUUGGGAAUCGGACUUUUUGGCGUAUGAAUGGGUAUCGGGAUUUGUUCUCGGACUUUGGAGAAUAAUCGGAACAACUACUCGCCCUGACCGCUAGGUAUAGCGGCUUGCAUCAUCUCAAAUGUGGCUGCUUCAGAGUGAUAAAGAAGUAAGAGUCUUUAGAUAGCGUAGUAAGUUGCUCUACUUUUGUCUCGCGGCACAUUUGGUCUCUUGCCUAUUAGAUGCUCGUCCUAUCCUAGACGUGUACCAGUAACGUAAUCCGAACUAAGAGCGAAUGUAAAGGUCAAUGCUCUCACAAUUACGACGGUAGCAAGUUUUUUCUACACCCUUCACUGGUUGCGCCGAUUCUCACGUGCGAGGUCGUUGAGAGAUUCCUG